CACAAACUCAAACAAAAAUGGUUUUCUGAACCCUAUAUGGAUCCUCCUUAUUGGGUCGAAAAAGAUCAUUGGGAUCGAAUGGUGGAGCAUUGGGCUUCUCCAGCUGCCAAAGAAAAAAGUCAGCGAGCGUCUCAGAGUCGAAAAGCUGAAAUGGUUCCUAAUGCCGGAGGGCAUGUGCAUACAUCGGGAGCUAAGCCUUUCAGUCGUGUUAUGCAUGAAAUGGCUAAAAAAAGUGAAGCGCCAACGUUCGUAGAUCUGUUGAGAGCAACACAUACACGAAAAGAUGGUGUGAUGGUUGACGGAAAAGCCCAACAAAUCGCGGAACAAAUUCAGCAUGAGAUUAUUGCGUCGCAAACAACACAAGGCGAAACUUCUGCAUCGGAACCGAAUUUGCCGAAGGAGAAAAUUGAUGAGAUAUAUCUUCAGGUUGUUCCACCGAACAAAUUUGGACGGAUAUACGGUCUCGGUUCAAUGCAAACCGAUAUCACAUAUCAUUCUGGUGAAGAUGCUCCUUCAACUGCUCAGGAAACGCUUUCACUCGCACGACGAGUGCGACAAUUAGAGGAGCAGCAAGCUGAACUUCUUCGGCAACAAGCGGAAUUCUUGCGUCGACAAGAAGAAGAUCGAAAACUCAUUGAAGAACUACGAGUGCAAGCAGAAUUUUUCAAUGAGUUCCAAACGCGAGGAUUUCCGAGUUUCGGAAGCGGAGGACAAGGAAGCGGUGGCGGUGGCGGUGGCGACGGCGAUGAAGCCAAUUACGACGGGGAAAAUCAAAAUUAA